AUGGCGGACAAGGGCAUCUAUACGAACCACGGUGUGGAGGAGGUGAGGAGCGACAGCAAAGGCAACGGCAUUAUCACGGACGCCGGCGACAACACGACAGGCAGACGACUCACCAAAGGCCGGCGUGGUCUCACGGGCAUGCUGGGCCGCGCGGCGACACUCCGACCGCGGGUCCGCGACCCGCGCCUGCGCAUCGGCUGGCGCUACCCGGCGGCGGCGGUCGGGCUGUUUGUCGCGGGGCUGCUGUUUGCCGUCGGCCACGACUUGUACUAUCUGCAGAAGGACGGCCAGCUCGCGGACGCGCCGCCGAGUGCAAGUUCGGGCUCGGGCUCGAGUUCGGGCUCGAGUCUGCUGGACAAAAUCAGCGCGCUGACGCAGGACGACAACGGGCCGCAGACGUGGGCGCUGCGCUUCGGCACGGCGCUGGCGUUCCUCAACAAGACGGCGCUCUCCAUGGUGGUGGCGUCGGUGGCGGCGCAGCAGGUGUGGUACACGCUGCGGCGGACGGCGAUGACGGUCGACGGCAUCGACGGGCUGUUCGACCUGCUCAACAACCCGCUGGCGCUGUUUGCGAGCCGCAGCAUCAUCGUCCACGCCAAGGUCGUCGUGCUGGUGGCGGUGCUGGCCUGGUGCCUGCCGCUCGCGUCGGUGGUCACGCCGGCGACGCUGGCGGUGGCCGCGCGCCCGCUGGCCAGCGAGCUGACGCUGGCGGUGCCGGCGCUCAACCUCAGCGACUACCUGCUGUGGGUGUCGUCCGAGGGCGCCGGGCGCAUCGAGGGCGCGCACUUUGCCAUUGCCACGCUCUUUAGCAACGUGUACUCGUCGGCCGCGAUUGCCGGCGGCGGCGGCAGCAGUUCAGGCAGUUCAGGUGGCAGUUCAGGUGGCAGCGCGGGCGGCACGACCAGCACCGACGGCGCCGUCAACGGCAUCGUGCAGGUGGCGGCGCCGUUCCCCAACAGCUCGUACGACCAGACGCUGUACGGGCCGUCGUACAAGUGCAUGAGCCUGGCCGAGGCGCUGGCGCAGGACGGCGGCGCCGGCGUGCCGGCGACGUGGCGCAUCGACAACCCCAAGGGCUCGGCCAACGACACGUUUGCGACGUUUGAAGACGUCUUUUACGGCGAGCUCGGCCUGCCCAACCCCAACAACGCCAGCGCCAACGCCAGCGACGCCGCCACGGCCCUUGCCGAGUCGCUCGUCUACGUGGCGGCCGCGCCGUCGUACCUCUACAAUAUGAUUUUGAUUGCGGCGACUGGCGUCAACCCGCUGUGGGACAAUUCGUCGGCGUCUUCAACGUCGACCAGCGCCUUUGCCAGCAACAACAUCGUCUGCCAGCUGUACAACACCUCGUACGACGUGACGCUCGACUUCUCCGACGGCGUGCAGACGGUCGUGCCGCGCCGCGUCGAGCUGCUGGAGCCGCAGGAAUGGACCGACACCUGCGGCAGCGUGUCGGCGCUCCACCUCUACGACAACUUGAACUACACGGCCAACACGUCGGCCUACGGCAACUGCACGCAGGCCACGCCGGCCUUUUACGUCACGCACCUCCUGUUCUCCUACCUGCUGGGCGCGACGCUGAGCGUGGCCGCCGACGGCGCCUUUUCCAUCCAGCAGGCGGGCACGCCGCGCGGCAGCACGUCGCUGGCGGCGACGCUGCCGCUGCUGCAGUCGCCGCUCAUCAACUGCGCGGACAUCUACAACAGCUCGCUGCUGCGCAUGGCCGACGUCAUCUUCGACUCGCCCGCGAACAACGUCUCGGCCGUGCGCCCCAGCCGCUGCCGCAACGGCACCCUCGCCGCCGCCAUCGAGGACCUGUCGCGCAACUUCACGUACAGCCUGCUCGCGUUCGACGGCUACACGACGCCGCAGCCGCCCACCAUGCGCGCGCGCGUCACCUACACGGAGACGCACCUCUUCUUCGUCUACAGCCGCGCGACGCUCUGGGCCGCCUACGCCGCCGCGCUCGGCGCCACGCUGCUGGCCAUGCUGCUCGUCGGCGUCCGCGCGCUGCGCCACAACGGCGUCGUCAGCACGCUGUCGUUUUCGUCGACGCUGCUGACGACCCGCAGCGACCAGCUGCGCGAGGCCCUCUUGGUGCCGGCGGGCCACAGCCUGGGCGACGAGGCCGCCGCCGACACAUACCGCCGCUCGGUCGGCGCGCAGCCCGUCGACCCGGACGUGGGCCAGCUGCGGCUGCGGUUCGGCCGCAUAGUCGACCAGCAGCGCGACGGGCAGCGCGUCGAGUAUGCCGGGUUUGGCCUGGAGGGCCGUGUCAAGCCGUGGCGCGAGGAAGACGAACUCAUAUAG